GGCCCAUCUUGCGGUCGGCUUGACGCGAGAGUCCCGUAGACACAGGGGCGCCCUCGCGGGACGAGGGGAGAAGCGGCGGCAAGCGGCGGCGCAGGUUGUUUCAAGGUCGGCACAUCCUGUAGGCCAAUCGAAGUCGGCCUACCACCCCUGGACCAGCCGAAAGCCGAGUCACGGCCGCACCGCAACGCGCCAGAUUCCGCGCACCAGCUGUGCCGCCCUCGCCGGGCGGUGAGAUCUCCUAUCUCUCCUGCCGGCGGGUCGGUGGUUCCAGAGAACAAGAUGCUGGGCGUCUCCACCGGCCAGCUUUUGGUCAUCCUCGGGGCCUGCUCCGUGAUGAUGAAGUCCAGUGACAUGAUCAAGAUGGCAAGGGUGGCAGGGAGGAUGACCGGGAGAGCGGUCGGUCGCCUCAUGCUCUACCGCCGGCAGAUGGACGACAUCUUCGAGCAGACUGCAGCGAAGAAGAUUAAUACAGAGCUUCAAGAUGCUAUGUCAAAGUUACAAUCAAUUGGUUAUGAAGUUCAGAACUUAUCUAGAAUAACUCCUGGCCAGUUUAUCAAAAGGCAGCACAACACAGAGAGCAUGACUGAAGCAGGAACAUCUGAUAGUUCUGCAACUCAGUCCGGAGAAUUUCGUGAUGAUAUUCGCAGUAUAAUUCGUGAUGAAAUUGAGAGCUUUUGUAGAAAAAAUCCUGAUCAAUUUACCAGGAGGUUAAAUAAUCCUGACGGAAUUCAGAACUCUGAACAAACAGCUGAAGCUACACAAUUCGAUGUAACUAGUAAAUUUGCAAUGACAUCUAAGGACAUGGAAUCAGCGAAUACAAGCUCUACAAAUCUGCACAGCCAAGCAAUGAUGUAUUCCAAGCUAAGUGUAUCCCCAGGAAUUAAGAUGAGUUCUUCCAUGAGUGUGAGUAAUGGAGAACAAUUCAAAGAGAGCAAUGGACUGCUAAAUGUACUCCCAAUAUCAGCUGAAAGUGCUGGAUUGCUUCCGAAAUACACAGGUGAGCCAAAAGGUUCAGAUAUACUCCUGGAGGCUGUGCUUGAAGCAGAGGUUGCAGAGAACGCUAAAUUUUUCGUCUCCCAGCCUCAUGAUCAGUUGCCCAAGGAGUACAGCGGCGAACGGCUGGCAUCACUCCAUGUCACCGAUCCGCGGCACGACCCCUCCACCAAUCAGCGCCCACCUCCUCCCUCCUAUAAAGCUCUCCAUCCCCUCCCCGUCUCGCCACAACCCAUCCCCCAAUUCCCCACCAGUUCUCCCACCGUCCACCGAAACCCCCACCUCACCUCCGAAGCGGCGGCGGCAGCAGCGUCCAUGGCGCCCAAGGCGGAGAAGAAGCCGGCGGCGAAGAAGCCCGCGGAGGAGGAGCCCGCGGCGGAGAAGGCCCCCGCGGCGAAGAAGCCCAAGGGCGAGAAGCGGCUGCCGGCGGGGAAGACUUCCGCCGGCAAGGAGGGCGGCGAGAAGAAGGGCGGGAAGAAGAAGGCCAAGAAGAGCGUGGAGACGUACAAGAUCUACAUCUUCAAGGUGCUGAAGCAGGUGCACCCCGACAUCGGCAUCUCCUCCAAGGCCAUGUCCAUCAUGAACUCCUUCAUCAACGACAUCUUCGAGAAGCUCGCCGGCGAGGCGGCCAAGCUCGCCCGCUACAACAAGAAGCCCACCAUCACGUCCCGGGAGAUCCAGACCUCCGUCCGCCUCGUCCUCCCCGGCGAGCUCGCCAAGCACGCCGUCUCCGAGGGCACCAAGGCCGUCACCAAGUUCACCUCCUCUUAGGCUCUUUGUCAAAUCUCUUCUGGCGUGUGAUGGAUCGAUGUUGACCUGUAGUUAGAUCAUGUUCCGGCUGUCAUCUUGUAAGAAAACGUGCUCUCGGUACUGUUAUUCAGACCCGAAGUAACAACACUGUUCAACCCUGCUGUUCCCUCGGAAAUAUCUGAAGAAAUGCUAAGCUUGCCGCUUCAAUCUGAUA